UGCCGUUUAUACGAAUACCUAUGUACUUUAUAUCUUAAAUGUACUUCGAUCUUGCAAUAUCACGCACCAGGACACUGUCUGCAGUAGAAAUAGCAAACAACAAUGCUACGACGUCACAGGAUUGUUACACUGAAAACUAAGCCAUGAAUUUCGGAGCCUCCGCUAAUACGCUUUUGUUAUUCGGUGCUUGUGAUGAGGGCGACUAUGAGAGCGUAAAAAAGAUUCUCGAGCCCACUGGGACCGAACCGGGAAGGCAGUCGAAAACACGUUUGGAUUCCGUCUCGGAAUGCAGUGUGGACAGAGUGCGAGGAGAAGUAUGUUGUGUACAGGUCGAUUCCACCGACGAAGAAGGUAACACAGCCUUGCAUUUUGCCGCAGCAAGCGGGCACGAACAUUUAGUGAGAUUUUUACUUCGAAAAGGGGCGUCUGUGGACAGCUGGAAUAAUUACGGCUGGACUCCGCUUAUGCAGGCAGCAAGGUUUGGGCAUUUAAAUGUGGCUCACAUCUUGCUUGAGAAUGGGGCAGAGAUCAAUGGCAGGAAUCGACUGGGAGCUAGCGUGCUUGCUAUGGCAGCCCGUGGAGGUCACACACAUGUUGCCCAACUCCUCCUUGAGAAUGGAGCUUUUGUUGAUGACUUUGAUCACCUUUUUGCAGCUGAAAGGACUAACAUUGUGAACAGUGGUAACCACAGUGAUGAUGGAAAGAGCUUUUUGCAUAUCACAUCCUUAAUGGUUAGUGCUCAGCAGGGCCACGAGGCCAUGGUUAAACUUCUUUUGGAGUGGGGAGCUGAUGUGAACUUUUCACAGAAGACCACAGGAUGGAGUGCACUAAUGUUAGCCACAUUAAGUGGGAAGGCUAGUAUAGCUCAGCAUCUGGUUGGAAGAGGUGCUGAUCCUGACCACCUCAAUAUUCUGUCUAAAACUGCUUUUGAAUUGGCACUGCAACUUAAACAUAAAGAUGUGAAGUGCUACCUUGACUCCAUCACCACAGUUCGUCCACAACCAGAAAAUGAGAAGAAAAGGCCGGAUGUUUUUGCUGCCCUGAAGCUAGGAAAUGCUCAGCUGGUGAAAGAGAUACUAGAAGAGGAUUCAUCUCAGGUGAACAUGGCUAAUGCAGAUGGUGCAACACCUUUGAUGAUUGCUUCUGUAAGUGGACAGCUGGGGGUAGUACAGCUGCUGGUGGAGAAGAAUGCAGACAUCGACAAACAGGAUGGAGUGCAUGGCUGGACAGCUCUUAUGCAGGCCACAUAUCAUGGAAAUAAGGAUGUGGUAAAAUAUCUCCUAAAUCAAGGAGCAGAUGUAAAUCUAAAGGCCAAGAAUGGAUACACAACCUUUGACCUCGUCAUGCUUUUAAAUGACCCAGACACUGAAUUAGUGAGGCUGUUAGCUGCUGUGUGUAUGAUGGUGGAUAAAGACAAGAGUAAGCCAAGAGACAAGAUCUGUACCAAGAAACAUCUGUCUCCCAAUAAACCUGCACCACCAGAUGAUAAAGGAGGCCUAAAGUCCUGGUGGAAUCGGAUGUCUAAUCGUUUUCGUAGGCUAAAGCUGACACACACACUAAGGCAUGGGCUCUCUUCCAAUCGUUUAGCACCAUUUUAUUAUUAUCCAGAUGCUCUGCUGGAUACUACGAUGAGGGCAGAGGGCAGAACAGGCACGAGCAGUCCCCCUGCUAAAGCCACCACUAUGAAUGACAUCUCCAUUGCAUGGCCUCCUAACAGAAAUGACCAGAGUUUUGGUAGAACCAGCAGUGAGAAAGAUGACUUCCUUAUUACAACAAUGUUGAGAAACGGUGCACCUUUGACACGCUUGCCUAGUGACAAGCUUAAAGCAGUUAUCCCACCAUUCCUGCCUCCAUCCAAUUUUGAGUCGUGGAACUCAGACCAUUCACGGGUUAUGAAAGAGGGAUCCAGGGCAAACGAGCAACCACGCCUGGCUAUGCCUCAAAGACCAAGCAAAGCCAGUUUUAACAACAGUGGAAACUCUGAUAUAACAUCCAUAAGUCGAGUAGUGAGCAGAUCCAUGAAGUUUCCCAGUAUUAGUAAGGUACCCUCUUCCUCCCCCUCUAAUUCGGGCAACUAUAACUCUCCUCACUCAUCAGGUGGCUCCAACGGAGUGGGAGCUGUCACUCGACAUGCUUCAGACUUACACAGCCGUUCAGGGGGCAGUGUAUCUGACAGUGUUUUGUCUCAAAUUGUUGCCCAAAAAAAAAGAAAUGCAGGCCUUCUUGAUGUCAAAGCUCUAGCCCCAGAGGCUACUCCUGCCCCCACACCCCAGCCACCAGUGCCUGAUAUUAGCUUACCCAGCAUCCAAAACAACCCCAGUCUGGUGGCUAAUGACUUGCACUCUAGAUGGAAGCUGGAGGCAAAGAAGAGGCCACAGUCUGGUAAUUCCUUCACAUCCAAGAGUACAUCUUCCACCCUGACACCAUCUCCAUCCCCAACACCCAAACCUCUAAUUGCAGAAACCAUCUAUUCAAGCUCUUCUCAGCUGCGUUCUAAAAGUAGUGGUGGGUCCAGCAGUGGUACCAUCACUGAUGAGGAUGAGCUCUCAGGGAUACUGAAGAAACUUUCCUUGGAAAAGUAUCAGCCCAUUUUUGAAGAACAAGAGGUUGACAUGGAGGCCUUUUUGACUCUGACUGACAGAGAUCUGCAAGAGCUUGGGAUUACAACAGAUGGGCCCAGACAACAGAUCCUAGCAGCAAUCUGUGAACUUAACGCUGGCAAGGGAAGAGAAAGACAGAUACUGCAGGAAACAAUGCACAGUUUCCAGUCAUCUUUUGGGAGUAGUGCAAGCAACCAGCAACCUCCAGAAUCUUUGAACUCUCCAACAGUUUGGGAAAGACAUCAGCUGCAGACCUUUACCAAGAGGUAACACCUUUGGCCAGAUGAAGGAUUAAUUCUUUGACCAAUUUUACAGUUCCAGUAGAGUUUUUUCAGUUUAUAUAAAACAUUUUAGUUGCUGAUGUGCCAAAGUGGACUUACUAAAGACUCCGUCUGCCCUCCUUAUUACAUUAAAUGCAAUAAUACACUGAUCAGCCAUAACAUUAAAACCACCUCCUUGUUUCUACUCUC